CCUCCCGCUCCUCCCCAGCCCCAGCUGCGCCCGGCCGCCGCCCCGGAGAUGAUGGACAGCCGCAUCCUGGAGCACCCGCACGCCCAGUUCGGCGGCUCGCUGGGCGGCAUGGUGGGCUUCCCCUACCCCCUGGGCCACCACCACGUCUACGAGCUGGCCGGCCACCAGCUGCAGAGCGCCGCCGCCGCCGCCGCCGCCGCCGCCGCCUCCGUGCCCUUCUCCAUAGACGGAUUACUGAACGGCUCCUGCGCCGCCUCCGUGGUCAACGCCGCCCCGCUGCUGCCGUCCGGCUGCGCCGUCAGCGGGGACGGCCAGUCCUUCAAGCUUUCAGACUCCGGGGACCCCGACAAGGAGAGCCCCGGCUGCAAACGGAGGCGGACUCGCACCAACUUCACGGGCUGGCAGCUGGAGGAGCUGGAGAAGGCCUUCAACGAAAGUCACUACCCGGACGUCUUCAUGCGGGAAGCGCUGGCGCUGCGCCUGGACCUGGUGGAGUCCCGAGUGCAGGUCUGGUUCCAAAACCGCCGGGCGAAAUGGAGGAAGAAGGAGAACACGAAGAAGGGCCCGGGGCGGCCGGCGCACAAUUCGCACCCCACCACGUGCAGCGGGGAGCCCAUGGACCCCGAGGAGAUCGCCCGCAAGGAGCUGGAGAAGAUGGAGAAGAAGAAGCGCAAGCACGAGAAGAAGCUGCUGAAGAGCCAGAGCCGCCACCUGCACUCGCCCAGCAGCCUGUCCCUGCACAGCACGCCCAGCUCGGACAGCGACAGCGGCGGCGGCGGCCUGUCCCCGGAGCCGCCCGAGCCCCCGGGCCCCCCGGGCCUCCCGGGCCCGCCGGCCAAGGGCCCCCGCCCGGCCGCGGCCGCCUUGGGCGAGCCCCCCGCCGGCCCCGGCGGCUGCGACCCCGCCUUUUACCCGAGCCAAAGAAGCAGCUCCGGCCUGCAGCAGCGCCUGACCCGGCUCCCGGAGAAGGACUCCUCGGACUGCGCCCCGGGCCGGGUCCCUCCGGGCGUCCCCAAGCCCAGCCCGUUCAGCGUGGAGAGCCUCCUGUCCGCCUCGCCCCCUCGCCGGAAAGCUCCCGCCGCGCUGGACUUCGCACCGGGGCUACCGUGCGCCCCGCGGACCCUGAUCGGGAAAGGUCAUUUCCUCCUCUACCCUAUCACGCAGCCCCUGGGCUUCCUCGUACCCCAGGCCGCCCUCAAGGCCGGGACCGGCCCGGAGCCGGCCCCCAAGGACGCGCCCCCCGGCCCCGGUUCUGGGCCCGGGGCUGGGCCCGGCGCCGGUCCUGGACCCGGUCCCGGGCCCGGGCCCGGUCCCGGCCCCGCGGGCUACCCGGGCGGCGGCCCCACCGGCUCGCCCUUGGCCGGCUGCGGGCCGGACGGCGGCGGGGGCUCGGUGGGGACGACCCCGGCCCCCCCGGGAGCCCCCCGGGACCCGGCGGCCGGAGGGGACGCGGGAGGCGGGGGAGCGGCCGGCGGCUUCCCCCGGCCGCCGUCCCCCGCACCGGACCCCGCGCCGGACCCCCGGGACCCCCGGGACCCCAGCCCCGGCAGGGACGCGGCGGACUGUCAUAAGGCGGCCCAGCCCGGCGGCCCGGAGGAGCCCGGGGGCCCGGACUGCGAGGAGCUCGAUAUGGACUGA